AUGUUCAUGUGCCUGCACAUCGAUUUCUAUAACUACACUGCUUUCAGCUACUUGGUGACAAUAAUGGGACUAAUGAUCCCAUGGAGCCUAACACUAGCAAUGGUGGAUGCAUACUCUGUCUUCAUCAAGUACCUGCCUCACCAGCCAAGGAUCCUAUUGGUCAUCAUAGCCGGAGAUUGGGUUUUGUCAUUUCUGUCGCUGGCGGCGGCCUGCGCGACAGCAAGCGUCACAGACCUGUUGGUGGACGCAGGUGGCUCGUUCUGCCCGACCAUGUCGUGCAACAGGUUUCAGCUGUCGGCGACCAUGGCGUUCUUGUCUUGGUUCCUCUCUUUUGCUUCUUCUCUCUUCAACCUCUGGCUUCUUCCUUCUUUGUAG